UCAUUAGAAAAAAGGUCUGGUCUUCCAACUCGAAAGCUUGUCGAGGGUCCAGACUCCGCAGACCCUAACAAUCUUCUGUCUCUUUCAUAAUAUCUUCUGUUUUUUGGAUUUCUGGGAUUGAAUUACGGAGAGAUGACGAUGAUGCAGGUUUCAGGUGUAAUUAGCGAUGGAUUGGUGGUUUUCCCUACCACUGGGGGUCAUAAGUCUCCAGAAUCUAAGAGUUUUCCGGCCUUCUCAGAUGCCAAAUCUCUUCUUUCCUGUGGAAUACUCAAGAAAUGCUUAUCCUUGAGUAUUCUGAGGGUAGGAACUGGUAUGGAGAAGUGCCGGACAAGAGGCUUAACAGUGAGAGCAUCAGGAAAUUCUGACGAUAACAUCACACCAGUUGCACCUCUUCAAUUUGAAUCUCCGGUGGGUCAGCUUUUGGUGCAGAUUAUGCAAACCCAUCCACACCUACUCCCUGCAGCAAUUGAUCAGCAGCUUGAACACCUUAGAACUGAUCGAAAUGCACAGAAAGAAGAGGCAUCAUCAUCACCAUUAUCUCAAGAUCUCCUCUACAAGAGAAUAGCUGAAGUCAGGGAUAAGGAAAGACAGAAGACAUUAGAGGAGAUAAUCUACUGCUUGAUUGUGCAUAAGUUCAUGGAUAAUGAUAUCUUGAUGAUCCCUACAAUAUCAGUGCCAGCAGAUCCAGCUAUUAGGGUGGAUUGGUGGCCAAACCAAGAACAGAAACUGGAAUCUGUCCACUCCCCUGAAGCCUUCGAGAUGAUACAGAGCCACUUAUCUCUUGUUCUUGGGGAACGGCUUGUGGGCCCACUUGAUACCAUUGUCCAGAUCAGCAAGCUUAAACUUGGGAAGCUUUACGCUGCUUCUAUGAUGUAUGGUUAUUUCCUCAAAAGAGUUGAUCAGAGGUUCCAAUUGGAGAGAACCAUGAAAAUUCUUCCGGAAGGUAUGGAGAAAGACCAGAUAAUCAAGGAUCCAGCACCUGAAUACCAGCUCUGGGACCCUGAUUCAUUGAUCCGAGUGCCACCAGACGACAGUGAUGGUGGUGAUGACAGUCUAUCAGAUACAGGUGAAGCCAGGUCCUACAGAUUGAGGUCCUACGUCAUGUACUUGGAUGCAGAGACAUUGCAGAGAUAUGCAACCAUAAGAUCGAAGGAGGCUAUUUCUCUGAUAGAGAAGCAGACGCAGGCCUUGUUUGGUAGGCCGGACAUUAGGAUUGCGGAGGAUGGUUCUCUUGAUACAACCAAUGAUCAGGUGGUUGGUAUUGCGUUUUCUGGUCUGACCAUGCUGGUGCUGGAGGCGGUUGCGUUUGGGUCAUUUUUAUGGGAUGCGGAAGGUUAUGUAGAAUCCAAAUACCACUUCCUCACAAACUGAAACGCAUGAAGAUAUGUCAAACAUAUUGUAAUGUAUUCUUCAAACACAAUAGUUCAGCUUGUAAGUAAAUAUAAUUGUUUGGUCUUCAUUGUGGUGUUGAAGAGAGAAUAUUGCGUCUUUCAAAAUUUCAAAGAGAGAAUAUUUUCCAAAA